AUGAACACGGCGACGACUCCGCCCGUGUACGGCCGGAGUGAAGUCAGGAGCCUCUUUCUAGACUUUACAAACUCGCAGAUCUCGCCCGUCUAUGCUCGCUGCCUGGCCAAUGCCAUCGAAACGCAGAGAGGCUUCCCUCGCGCGACUUGUGACCUUCGCAAUCCGAGACCCAAAUCCCGUUCCUCGAUGAGCGAAAACACAGACAGUAAUGUCUUCUCUCAGCAAACCAUUUUUGCUGCAGCCGAACAUUCACCAAGAGGAUUCAGGGUCGACGGAUGGAUUCUUUACGAGAAGAAACCCCACGAGCCUUGCAAUACCCUUCCACGCAAGGGCGUGUUCGAGAAACGUGCCUCGGAACCAAAGGAGAGGAAGUAUUUUCCGAAUAUCAUCAGGAAAGACAAGGUACAGCAGGAGAUGCUGGAGAAAAGGUGCAAUCAGCGGUAUGCGAUACACGUAAUGAAGACCGAACGGGAAGAGCAUGUGAGGGCGGAAAAGAUCGAGAAGCGCAAUGCGAGAGUCAGGGCAAGCGAGGAGAUGUACGAGAGGAAUCUGGAGAGGACGAAGAGAAUCGCAGGGAAACGCGAAGGAAUGGCUUCCGUGCAAGACGUCAAGAGGGAAAUCGAACAGACCAGGAUUCAGCAGGAGAUUGAUGCCAUGGCCAGUGAGAAAUGA